GAAAAAAACUGCCAUAUGUACGAGUCCAUGGUCUGGUCACCUUCCGGUUUUAGGCUUCUGCUUUCUGACACUAGAGGGCAGGACUCGCUCUCUCACUCUCUAUCACGAGUAACCCGCGCAACUCGCGUGAGAAGAGCAACAUACACAGGAAGAAACAAUCGAAACACAAUGAGUUUAGACGUGAAGAAGCUGAAAGUCAACGAGCUAAAGGAGGAGCUCCAGCGCCGCGGCCUGGACACCAAAGGCCUGAAGGCAGAGCUGGUGGAGAGGCUGAAAUCCGCUCUGGAGGCUGAAGCUGAGGCUGAUACCUCAGAGCAAGGCGGCCAAGGGGGUGAUUACUAUGAUGAAACCGGAGGGAACGAAGAAGAAGAUGCGGAUGAUACCGAGGAGCAACAGGAAGGAGCUGAAGACUAUGGUGAUGAUGACGGUGAAGGUGAUGGUGAUGCCCAAGAGGAAGAUGAGGGUAGAGAUUCAGGUGGUUACUAUGAGGAUGAGGAGGCAGAGGGCGAGCCCUAUGAAAGUCAUCCAACUUCGGAGUCUGGUCACAGCAUGCCAGACUUCACAGCAGAUGUUGAUCUAAACAAAGCUGAAAUGAUGUCUGAGGAAGAAAGUAAGCCUGUACCAGAGCCUGAGCAGAACCUUCAACAAGUACAAGAAGUUAAAGUGGAGGUGAAAUUGGAGGAUGAUCCUGGAGCUACUGGUGACCAACAGCAGGAUAGCCAAGAGACAGAACAGCAAAGACCAGAUGUAGCAAAGGCUGAACAGGUGAAAGCUGAGGCUGAUAAGGGUGGACAGUUCAGCCGUAAGAGACCAUAUGAGGAGAACAGGGCCUAUGGAUACUACGAGCACCGUGAAGACAAGAGAUCACGCACACCGCAACCCCCUGCUGAAGAUGAAGAAGAGGACAUAGAUGACACUCUUGUGACUAUUGAUACAUACAACUGUGAUCUGCACUUCAAAGUGUCCAGAGAUCGCUACAGUGGUUACCCACUGACCAUUGAAGGCUUUGCUUACCUGUGGGCUGGUGCACGAGCUACACAUGGCGUCACCCAGGGCCGUGUGUGUUAUGAGAUGAAGCUUAAUGAGGAAAUUCCCGUGAAGCACCUUCCCAGUACUGAGCCAGAUCCCCAUGUGGUCAGAAUUGGAUGGUCACUUAACCACUGCAGCACUCAGCUUGGUGAGGAGCCAUUUUCUUACGGAUAUGGAGGUACAGGAAAGAAAUCCCAAGACUGCAAGUUUGCAGACUAUGGUGAGAGGUUUGGUGAAAGUGACGUCAUCGGCUGUUACAUUGACUUUGACAGUGGCAACGAGGUGGAGAUGGGCUUCUCAAAAAAUGGAGUGUGGCUAGGUGUUGCUUUCCGGACAACAAAGGAGGCGCUGGCAGGCCGUGCCCUUUUCCCUCAUGUCCUGGUGAAGAAUUGUGCUGUUGAGUUCAACUUUGGACAGAAGCAGCCAUAUUUUCCCCCUCCAGAGGGAUACACCUACAUCCACAAUCUUCCCAUGGAAAACAAAAUCAGAGGAACCAAGGGACCUGCCAACAAAGCUGAUUGUGAGAUCUUGAUGAUGGUUGGUCUGCCUGCCUGCGGAAAGACCACUUGGGCCUCAAAGCAUGCAGAGACUAACCCUGAGAAGAAGUACAACAUCUUGGGCACAAAUGCUAUCAUGGACAAGAUGAAGGUGAUGGGUCUGCGCCGUCAGAAGAACUACGCUGGGCGCUGGGAUGUUCUGAUACAGCAGGCCACCCAGUGUCUGAACAGGCUGAUUGAGAUUGCUGCUCGCAAGAGGCGCAACUACAUCCUAGAUCAGACAAAUGUAUAUGGAUCAGCAAGGAGACGAAAAAUGCGUCCUUUUGAAGGUUUUCAACGCAAGGCUAUUGUAAUUUGUCCCACGGACGAGGAUUUUAAAGAACGAACAUUAAAGCAAACCAAUGAGCAGGGGAAGGAUGUGCCCGAUCAUGCUGUUUUAGAAAUGAAAGCCAACUUUACUCUCCCUGAGGCUUGCGACUUCCUGGAGGCGGUGACGUUCAUUGAGCUGCAGCGUGACGAGGCUGAGAAGCUUGUGAAGCAGUACAAUGAAGAGGGUCGCAAGGCCGGCCCGCCCCCUGAGAAACGUUUUGACAACAGGCAGGGUGGGUUCCGUGGCCGCGGAGGUGGCGGUAGCUUCCAGCGGUAUGACAAUCGUGAUGGGUCCCGUGGUGGCUACCAAAACCGCAGUGGAGAUGGAGGCAGUGGAUACAGAGGAGGUUACAAUCGUGGCAGCUACAGCCAGAACCGUUGGGGCAACAACUACCGUGAUGGAGGCUCUGAUUCACGUGGUGGAUACAACCGCAGUCAGCCAUCAGGAGGAAGCUACAAUCGUCCGGCCCCUUACAACAAGGGAGGAUAUAACCAGGGCUACAGCCAGAGUUAUGGCCAAGGAUACAACCAGGGCAGCUACAACCAGAACUACUACAGCAGCUACAGCCAGUAUCCAGGAUACAGCCAGAGCUACAGCCAGACACCAACCACUGCACAGACGUACAACCACCACCAGCAACAGCCGCAGCAGGCACAGCCACAGCCGGCACAGCAAACGCAGCAGCAGCAGAGCUACAACCAGCAAUAUCAGCAGUACGCUCAGCAGUGGCAGCAGUACUACCAGAACCAGAACCAGUGGAACCAGUACUACAGCCAGUACGGCGGAUACCCUGGACAGGGCAGUCAAGGCUCAUCUUCUGGUUCCCAGUAACUUCGCCCUGCAUCUGUACCUGCAUCCGCCUGUGUCCUAGACACUCUGACCUCUACAGCAAAUUGAUUUUGUACAGUCACACAUAAAGGCCCCAACCAUAACUGUCUCUGUCGGGUUUAACUCAGUAGCCUUCAUUCCUCACCAAUUAAUGUACACAUAAACUGUAUACAGUUUGAUGUCUUUUCAUAUUUUUUACUGAAUGAAGUCUUACUCCAAGCAGUGACUGUGAGUUGGUAGAUGAUAGGUAUGAAAACAUUUAAUGAAUGUUAUCUAUUAUGCAUUGGAUGUGGAUGUCUGAACUCCACAUUUGCUACAGGUUGAAGAGUUAAUUGUAUAUUUCUAGGAAUCAUAGUGUGAAAAAGUGACAUGGCAGGAAAAACUAAAGUAAAGGCUGAAUAAUUUUGCUUGUUUGAGAAGCUUAAAAAGAACAAAACGCAUGCUUUUUACCUCCAUUACCCUUUCUUCUGUCUUGCUCUAUUUUUUCAUUUACCGAGUGAGCACAUUUUAUUUACUCCAAUAGAAUUCAAACAAGGAACAUUUUUUAUAGUUGUUGAUACUGUAGUAUUUAAGGGUUGAUCCAGUUUUCUGAUUAAGAAUAUUUUGCCACUCUUAAGUAGUUUAUGUGCAUUUUUUUAUUCCUUUGUGAUUGGUGUUCAUUGAGUCCAGUAGUUUAAACCCUGUUGUAAAACCCAUUUUUUUCUACCUGAAAAUGAGUCUGAUUUUGACCAGUUAUCCAAGCUGUUGUCUUGUCUUUAUAUAAUAAAUGCAGUUGUAUAUGCCA